AUGUCUACACCACACAGCUUGACGGACCUUCCAAUAUGGAAAGACUUAGAAAGCUUGUCUAAAGAUAGGAAGAUUCAGCUCAGGGAGGCUUUUUCCUCAGACAAAGAAAGGUUUGCAAAGUUCUCAGAGCAUUAUGAGACACCGACAAAGGAUGUCUCUAUAUUAUUGGACUACAGCAAAAAUUUGAUUGAUGAAGAGAUAUUUGGCAAGCUUAUCGAGCUUGCAAAACAAGCACGAGUGCCAGAAAAGCGAGAUGCUAUGUUCCGGGGCGAGCACGUUAACACAACAGAGGACCGCGCCGUACUGCAUGUGGCUCUUCGUGAUCUACUUGGCGAACUGAACGUAUCCGAACCAGGUGUCGAUGAGAUCAAGCCAGAGAUCGAGCAUAUGCGCAAGUUCUCUGAAUCUGUUCGCUCCGGUGAAUGGAAGGGUUACACAGGCAAGCCCAUCAGGUCUGUUGUGAACAUCGGCAUUGGUGGCUCCGAUCUAGGCCCUGUGAUGGUGUGCGAAGCGCUCCGUGCCUUCUCAAAGCGCGACCUGGCCAUGCACUUUGUUUCGAAUGUUGAUGGAACACACAUGGCUGAGACGCUGCGUGCAUGCGACCCGGAGACGACGAUCUUUGUGAUUGCGAGCAAGACUUUCACCACCAUUGAGACUAUUACCAAUGCCACAACGGCGCGUGACUGGUUUAUGAACUCGGCCAAAGACAAAACGCAUGUGUCAAAGCAUUUCGUUGCGCUUAGUACAAAUGAAACUGCCGUGACGGAAUUUGGUAUUUCGAAAGACAACAUGUUCCGCUUCUGGGACUGGGUCGGUGGUCGCUACAGUCUCUGGAGUGCUAUUGGUCUUAGCAUUAUGCUCUCCAUUGGUUACGACAACUUCAAGGACAUGCUUGACGGUGCACAUGCUAUGGAUAUGCACUAUCUACACGCACCAUUGGAGAAGAAUCUGCCAGUCAUCUUAGCUCUACUUGGCAUUUGGUACAACAACUUCUUCGGCGCACAGACCCAUGCCAUUUUGCCAUAUGACCAAUACUUGCAUAAAUUCGCUGAUUAUUUCCAACAGGGUGACAUGGAGUCCAAUGGUAAAUUCAUUACCAAGUCGGGCGAGCCAGUGAACUACCAGACUGGCCCAAUCAUUUGGGGUCAGUCAGGCACUAAUGGCCAGCACGCUUUCUAUCAGCUCAUUCAUCAAGGCACCAAGCUGGUGCCCUGUGACUUUAUUGCCCCUGUAGAGACGCUGAACCCUGUGGGCAAGCACCAUGCCAUUCUGUUGUCAAACUUCUUUGCUCAACCUGAGGCAUUGGCCUUUGGCAAGUCGGAAGAAGAAGUAGCUAAGGAGCUUGGCGACAAAGCGUCUAACAUUGAGCUGCUUAAGAGUAAGGUAUUUGUCGGCAAUCGUCCUACAAACAGCAUCAUGGUACAGAAACUGGAUCCAAAGACGCUCGGUUCAUUGAUUGUCUUGUAUGAACACAAGAUCGCUACGCAAGGAUUUAUCUGGGACAUCAACUCAUUCGACCAGAUGGGCGUUGAGCUUGGUAAGGUACUUGCAAAGAAGAUUCUGCCUCUGCUAGAACAGCGCAGCCUCUCUAGUGCAGCUGCUGAUGAGCAUGAUUCAUCCACGGCUGGUUUGAUCCAGUUCUAUCUUUCAAACCGCAAGUAA